AUGUCGUCGACGGCAGCACAAUCGAAACGAAGGAUCGUGGUGCUCAUAUCUGGCUCAGGCAGCAACCUCCAGGCGUUGAUCGAUGCACUCAACACGCCUGCACUGCCAAAUGCUGAGAUCGUCUUGGUGGUAUCGAAUCGCAAGGCUGCGUAUGGGCUGACGCGGGCAGCACAGGCCACUCCGCCGAUCCCGACUGCGUAUCUGGCGCUUGCGACGUACGUGAAGCAGAAUCCGGGAAAGACGAGAGAGGACUAUGACGCAGAGGUAGCAAAGAUCGUUUUGCGCGCUAAACCGGACAUCGUUGUGCUCGCUGGCUGGAUGCAUAUCCUCAGUGAGACAUUCCUGGAACUUCUUGAUGGGCGCAAGGUGGUGGAGGACACACCAGUGCUGAAGCCGAUCCCUGUGAUCAACCUGCACCCUGCGCUACCUGGCCAGUUUGAUGGUGCGAGUGCGAUUGAGCGCGCGUAUGAGGCGUUCACGAAGGGUGAGAUUACGCACUCUGGAGCUAUGGUGCAUCGGGUGGUGAAGGAUGUGGAUAGGGGAGAGCCGCUUGUUGUGCGCGAGGUCGCGUUUGUGGCAGGCGAGAGCUUGGAGGCGUAUGAGACGAAACUGCAUAAUGUCGAGCACGAGAUUAUUGUAGAAGCAACAAAAAAGGUUCUUGAAGAGUUAUAG